AUGAUCGACGUCCCCGGCAAAGGGCAGCUCCACAGCUCCGCGAUGGGGGCUCUCAAGGUCACCGUCUCCGAUCGCCAAGGCACCGCCCGCGCAAUCCGCCUUCCGUUCUUCUGCGUCUCCGACCUGGGGCGCCACCCGUUUACCGGAGGGACAGCCAUGAAGCACGGGGUGGGUGUUCUGUUGACGCCGAAGUCGCCUUGCCUGGACAUGGGAUCGUUUCAAAUUCCUGUUCAACAAGAUGCAAACUGCGACUCGCUUUUCCACUUCGACCUGGCCAUCGCCGCCGCCAGCGUGGCAACGCAGCACGCCUUUGUGACGAUUUCGGGCGCGGACUUGCCGCGGGGGAGAGCAAACGUAACGAUCGUCAAGCUUCCUACUGGGUCUACCACGGCUUCUUCACAAGGGUCUACAACAGCUUCUUCACAGCAUACUGCCUUCGCAGCAGUUAAAUCCUCCAAGACCCCCGCCAACAUCUGGCACAAACGACUGGGACAUUCAAGUGUACAAGUGCUGGAAAAAUUAACUCGCACGGACGGCAACGGGGUUCAUCUCUACGACUCUCUCUCGGCAUGUGACACUUGCCACGUCAACAAGAGCUUGCAGAAUAAUCACCCCAAGACUGCCAUAAGCGACAACAUUACGCAGCCUCUUCAAGCCGUCAGCACCGACCUCAUCGUCCCCAUUUCGCCCCCUGCACUCGGAGGCAACAGCUACAUAUCGAAGUUCACCGACUACAUCACACGGCCCAAGGCCGUCUACUUCAUCACGCACAAGCACGAAGCGCUUUCUUUCGUCUUUCGUAGAUUUUACGCAAGAUGUGGCUAUUCCGUUGGGUCUUCGUAUUCAGCGUCUUCAUUCGGACAACGGCAAGGAGUACGUGAACAGCGGUUCCGCAACUACUGCAAGACCACUGGCGUUGUGCAAACCUUCACUUCACCCCACACGCCGCAUCAAAACGGCAUCUCGGAGCGCGACGGACGGACUAUUCCCAACAUGACGCGCUGCAUUUUGAAUGAGGCGCGCCUCCCAACAUUUUCACGGGGGGAGAUCGCUGCAACUUCGGUCUUCUUGAUAAAUCGUCUACCGCACAAGGCUCUGCGAGGGGACACGCCCGACAGCCUAUCAUUUCGGGUGUACAACCGAGAAAAAAGACGCAUCGCGAGCUCCCGCAACGUCACGUUCAUCGAGGAGCCACCCGCUUUGAUUCCUUCAGUCGACGCUUCAGAUGAGUCUGUUUCUGAUUUCGAAGACAAAACGGCCUCGCCGGACGAGGACAUCGUCAACAAGGGUAUUUCGCUUUUGGAGCAAACGGCCACCGAAUCAACGGGCACCAGCUCAAGCAACACCAACAGCAGCCGCAGCAGCCCCGCCGCCCAAGAUCCGCGAGCGGGCAAGAUCAGUUCUUGGCUGCGCUCAUCAGUUCCGAAGGACCUCCCGCAGCCUGACUACAUCAACCCUCGUGUUCUUUCGCCAGCAGCAGUCGAAGUGCGCAACACGUACAAGCAAGCCAUGGCCUCACCUCAAGCAACCCAAUGGGAGAAGGUCAUGCGCAAGGAGCUCGACAGCCUCAACGAUCACGAAGUCUCCGACCUCAUCCCCUUCUCUGUUCCCGCCGGCUACAGCAUCAUCGGCACGCGCUGGGUCUACAGGGUCAAAACGGACGGCAGGUUUAAGGCAAGAGUUGUGGUUCAGGGAUGA